AUGUCCUACUUCUCAAGCUUGUCUUUGAACUUUGGCCUCAACUUAGUGCAUGUUGUCAAGAGUGUCAUCACUCGUCGUACACAAACUUCCUUUGUGACUGCUAGUAGAUAUGAAGUCAGAAGCUUGAGGUGUGAACCUCUGGCUUUACCUUCAUCUGAACCUCAGCCUUCUGUCACAGAGCAGCUAUCAGUGGACUUUUCAGUCCCUUCCAUUUCGGUCAAAGAUGAAGUUCCCGUCUCGUCUUCAAACAUCGAAAAAGAGCCUUUGAUAAUUAUCAGUCCUCUUGCAAAUGAAUCUUCUUCGCAAUCAGCUGUAUUACCUAAUAUCCUCGUCAAAGCCGCACUCGAACCUCUUGCGACUCAGCCCAAACAUGCAUCUACAACCUUCAGCUCAACUUCUUCCCCCUCUCCCUUUCUGGCUUUCUUAGAAGCUUCUCACCUUGAGGCGUCCAAUAGGUUGCUUGCAGAAAAGUCAAAAUCAAAACCUCUAGAUUUAGGAUGCGCUCAAUUCAACUCUGCCUACUACCGAAGACAUCUUCCUCCAGCCCUGCCUCACUUGUCUACCAGAAACACACCAAAGAAGCCUUUUCGCUGGAGAACCACGUUGGAUGCAAUCAUGAAGGAGUCAGGCGAAGAAUGUGACGAAAUCUUGGAUGAGCUCGUCGAAGAAAGUGGCACCAAAUCAAAUCAAGACAUCUCUGGAUCUUCCCACUCACGCUCGUCUAGUAUCAGCUCCGAUUUAACAUGUAUCGAAUCACCCGUUCUGGUUCCCGUCUCAUCGGUUGGUGAACUCAAAGAAGAUCCAAGUUCCAAAGAUCCCACCAACAUUCUUAUUCUUCAAGAGCCCCUUUUCAACCAUCCUGAUGUUACUCCGAUCCGCCCAUCACCAUCCUCCUUCUCAUCUUGUAAACAAUCUUCAUUCCUCGAUUUCAUACAAUCAUCGAACCAGGAGAUGAUCAACCGGAUGCAAGAAGACAAAUUCAAAACCUCAACUCUGGACGUGGGAUGCUCACAGUUCAACUCAGCUUAUUACAGAAGACAUCUUCCUUCAAGUCUUCCGCCAUUAAAAUCCAACAGAACAUUUUGCUGGAAAUCAAAAUUGGAUCAACUGAUGAAAGAAGAAGAGUUUGAGAAUAUAUCAGUUGAGAUAGUUGAUCAGAGAACCACCACACUUACAGCAAUCUUCCUUCCUUCUAUCAACACCUCCUCUUCUCACCUGUACGAGUCCCUUGAGCCACCCACUGAAAGCUUGCUGUCAACGCCUGAAAAUAUUUGCCCUUCUUACGAUGAAAUCAAGGUUUUACUUUGGAAGUCUAGAGGUGGAAUGGAAGAGAGCAAAAUAUAUCAUUCUAGUAUCUUGCAGUCGAUCCCUGGGAGCGCGAGACCCACAGCCGCCACUGUGAAUUCCUUUCUACAUAGGCAUUUACCAGAGCUGAGUAUAUCCCGACUGAUAAUCAAGGCUAGAAGUCGAAGUCGCGAUGCAUGCCUCUCAGAACAGCGUGCGGAGUGCUGGGAUGGACUAGGGUUCAGGUAA